AUGGCAUCUGAAGAAGCCUCUCUCGGGGCAUUGGAAAGUCUGAUGACAGAGUUUUUCCACGACUGUACAACCAAUGAAAGAAAACGUGAGAUAGAGGAACUUCUUGAUAACUUUGCUCAGCAAAUAGGAGCCUGGAGAUUCUGCCAGUAUUUUCUCUCCAGCACUAGGAAUGACUGUGUAAUGAUGUACAGUUUAACGUUUUUUGAGAAUCUGAUCAAUAAAAUGUGACUUGGGGUCCCAUCUCAGGAUAAGAUGGAAAUCCGUAGCUGCCUGUCCAAACUCCUCUUGGCUCACCACAAAACCUUACCUUACUUCAUCUGGAACAAGCUCUGCAAAGUGAUUGUUGACAUUGGCCGUCAAGAUUGGCCCAUGUUCUACCAUGACUUUUUUACUAACAUUUUACAGUUGAUCCAGUCCCCUGUGACAACUCCCCUCGGGCUGAUCAUGUUGAAGACAACUUCAGAAGAGCUGGCUUGUCCCGCGGAGGACCUCAGAGUGGCUCAGAAGGAGGAGUUGCAAAAGCUGCUGCUGGACCAGGUGCAGACAGUGCUUGGGCUACUGACAGGUAUCUUGGAGACUGUCUGGGACAAACACAGCGUGACUGCCACCACCCCACCACCAUCCCCGACCUCAGGAGAAAGUGGUGACUUACUGAGUAACCUGUUGCAGAGUCCUAGUUCAGCCAAACUGUUGAAUCAGCCAAUCCCCAUCCUUGAUGCAGAGAGUGAGUAUAUCUGUUCCUUGGCCUUGGAGUGCCUGGCCCAUCUCUUCAGUCGGAUUCCUCUGUUUGCCAGCAUCAUCCCGUCCCUCCUUACCACCAUCUUCCACUUUGCCUGCUUUGGCUGUGACAUCCAGGCCAGAAAGAUGGCAUCAGUUAAUGGCAGCAGCCAGAACUGUGUAUUGGGUCAGGAGUGCAGCUGGCUUGGGGUCCUGGCCAUGUCCUGCAUCAAUGAACUCAUGUCCAAGAACUGUGUGCCUAUGGAAUUCGAGGACUACUUACUGUGUAUGUUCCAGCAGACUUUCUACCUGCAGAAAAUCACCAAGGAUAACAAUGCCCACACGGUGAAGAGAAGGCUAGAAGAACUCAAUGAGUGCUACAUCGAGAAGUUUAAUGACCUUCUGCAGCUCUUUGUGAGUGUUCACCUAAGAAGAAUCGAGUCCUACUCCCAGUUCCCUGUGGUGGAGUUUUUGACAGUUUUGUUCAAGUACACAUUUCAUCAGCCUACUCAUGAAGGUUACUUUUGUUUGGAUAUCUGGACGCUCUUUUUGGACUAUCUGACAAGGAAAACGAAAAGCCGUCUAGGAGACAGGGAAGCAGUUCUCAACAGGUACGAAGACGCCCUAGUCCUCUUGCUUAUGGAGGUGUUGAAUCGAAUCCACUUCAGAUACAACCAGGCCCAGUUGGAGGAGUUGGAUGACAAAACUCUGGAUGACGAUCAGCAGACAGAGUGGCAGUGGUACUUACACCAGAGCUUGGAGGUAGUGGCCAAAGUGAUGGAGCUCCUUCCCACACACGCCUUCUCAACACUGUUCCCAGUUCUUCAGGACAAUUUAGAAGUUUAUCUGGGGGUUUAUCUGGGGUUAGGGCAGUUUAUAUUUACUUCAGGGUCAGGACACAUGUUGAACAUCACAGCAGAGAACGACUGCCAGCAGCUGCACUGUUCCCUGUGAGUCCUGAGCUCCCUCCUGCAGGCUGUGGGCCACCUAGCUGAGUACUUCAUUGGGGACGUGUUCACAGUGCGCUUCAGGGACACCCUCACUGUGGUGGAGAGGUUGGUCAAAGUCACUUUGUAUGGAGCUCAGAUAAAAUUGUACAAAAUUGAGACUGCCGUGCCAUCAGUAUUGAAGCCUGAUCUCAUUGAUGUGCAUGCUCAGUCCCUGGCUGCUCUGCAGGCUUACUCUCACUGGCUAGCACAGGACUGCAGCGAGGCUCAUCGGCAGAAUAUGCAGCAGUUUGUUACGCUCAUCUCCACCACCAUGGAUACAGUCACACCUCUGAUCAACAAGGUCCGAGACAAAUUGCUGCUAUCUGUGUGCCAUUUACUGGUCUCCCGGGCCACCACUGUGCGACCUGUCUUUCUGAUCAGCAUCCCUACAGUACAGAAAGUAUUCAACAGAAUCACCGAUGCCUCUACCCAGCAGCUUGUUGACAAGGCUCAGGUAUUGGUGUGCCACGCCCUCUCUAACAUCCUGUUGCUUCCGUGGCCAAACAUCCCGGAGAACGAGCAGCAGUGGCCUGUGCACUCCAUCAACCAUGCCAGCCUCAUCUCUGUGCUCUCUCGGGAUUAUUGCAACCUGAAGCCCAAUGCUGUCACCCCGCAGAGGAAGAUGCCCCUGGAUGACACCAAAGUGAUUAUCCACCAGAGUGUCUUAGAAGAUAUCGUGGAGAAUAUCUCUGGGGAAUCCACCAAGUCCCAACAGAUCAGCUACCAGUCCCUGCAGGAAUCUGUUCAAGUCUCACUGGCCCUCUUUCCAGAUUUUAUCCAUCAGCCAGAUGUGUCUGAUGAGAUGCUGAGCUUCUUCCCCACUCUGUUUCGAGGCCUUAGAGUACGGAUGGGCAUGCCUUUCACUGAGCAGAUCAUACAGACUUUCCUCAAUAUGUUUACCAGAGAACAGUUGGCCGAGAGCAUCCUCCACGAGGGCAGUACUGGCUGCCGGGUGGUUGAGAAGUUCCUGAAGAUCCUGCAGGUGGUGGUCCAGGAACCUGGCCAGGUGUUCAAGCCCUUCCUCCCCAGCAUCAUCGCCCUGUGCAUAGAGCAGGUGUAUUCCAUCAUCGCUGAGCGCCCCUCCCCUGAUGUGAAGGCUGAGCUGUUUGAGCUCCUUUUCCGGUCGCUCCAUCACAACUGGAGGUGCUUCUUCAAGUCCACCAUCCUAGCCAGUGUCCAGAGCGGGAUUGCUGAGGAGCAGAUGGAGGAUGAGCGUCAGUUCAGUGCCAUCAUGCAGGCUUUUGGACAGUCCUUUCUCCAGCCUGACAUCUACCUAUUUAAAUAAAAUCUCUUUUACUUGGAGACUCUCAACACCAAGCAGAAGCUGGACCAGAAGAUCUUCCGGACCACCAUUCUCUCUCAGUUUGUGAACAUGCUGCUCCAGAUCCUGGUUCACAAGUCCCACGACCUCCUGCAGGAGGAGAUUGGCAUUGCCAUUUACAGCAUGGCUUCUGUGGACUUUGAUGGCUUCUUCGCGGCCUUCCUCCCAGAGUUUCGGACCAGCUGUGACGGUGUGGAUGCCAACCAGAAAAAUGUGCUGGGGCGGAAUUUCAAGAUGGAUGGGGACCUGCCCUCAUUCAUCCAGAAUGUGUACAGCCUGGUCAACGACCUGCGUUACUACAGACUCUGCAACGACAGCCUGCCCCCCGGCACCAUGAAGCUCUAG